CUAGCUAGGCCCACGAACUUAAGCCUCUUCUUGCUCUCCAGUUCGCAAACCCUUCUCUCGCCGUCUUCUCCAAACACUCCAACCACGACUACGCCUGCGGCGGCGGCGACGGCAAAUUCCCACAGCGAUGGCCACCAAAUCGCAGAAGAACCAGAAGCCUACUGCCCCCAAGCCGUCUAUCGACUCCAAGUCCCCAUCCUCCGAGAAGAAACCCAAGCCCCGGAAGUCCGCCGAGGAGCAGCCGGAGCAGGCGGCAGCUGUCAAGAAGCCGAAGAAGCAGAAGGUGAGGGACGAGAUCGACGAGAUCUUCAGCGCCGCGAAGGCGGGGAAGAAGCGGAAGCCGCCGCAGCGGGAGGGGGCUGAGGCCCAUGGGGACAGGAGGAAGAAGCCCAAGGAGAGGGCCGAGGGGGGAAGCAGCAGCAAGAAGAAGAAGAGCAACAAGGCGUCGGGGAGUAAGGGCAAGGGUCGGGUGGCUGGCGACGACGACGAUGACGAGGAGGAGUUCGAGGAGAAGCGGCCGCGUCGGCGCACUGCGGACGGGCUCGUCAUAUACUCGGCCGAUGAGCUCGGGUUCGGCAAGGCCGACGCCGGUGGCACCCCGCUGUGCCCCUUCGACUGCGACUGCUGCUUCUGAGUUCUGAGUUUGUCGGCUGCCUCUUCUCUGUCGUAGGUGAUUUGCCGAGGCUAACUCAGUGUAGUUGUAUUCCUUGAUGCAUUCACUGGCUGAGUGUGCUUACAUUUGUGCUCUGAUGAAAUGAAAAUUUUGUUCCUGUCCUAUUGCAUGAUCCUGGCUUAAAGGAAUAUUUAGAGGCUCGA